ACAGAGUCCUUGCGCAGGGUCUACGUUAUUCUUUUUGUUCUUCUCCAUUUCUUCUUUUUCGACCCUUCGUGGGUGGGAGGAAUACAACUACCAGGCAGGAAAAAAAAAUUAGAAUGAAGCAAACAAGCCAAUGACUCUGUUAGUAAGCAUUUGAAGGCUCAAGACUCGCCAGCGAUUCUCUAUCUUCCCGUGGAUUGCUGUCUUCUUAACAAGUGAAAGAAGAGGUCUCAUAUGAAGUGGUUUCGUGAUGCAGGGGAAUUUCUCUGUCUUCAUCCGUCAUUGAACAAGUGUAGACAACUUUCCACCUAAACGAUGAUUGACGCACCAGGACCGCGAAUGGCUUCUCUUAUGUCAUCACUCAUCACCCCUGAAGGCAGCUUCGAUUUCUUUUGGAUUGGUGGGUGUUAGGGUCGAAGGAGUGAGCCUCGCCCGGCUAUCUCUCUUUAUCCAAUCUUUGAUGGGCAGUGCCGUGUUCGGAUUAGUUUGAUUCUUUGUCUGUGGCUAUGGUUAGCGUCUAACAGUAUUCUUGAGAAAGAUCGGGGAGGAGAUUCGAACUGGGCCCCUCUUUCAUAGUAGGAAGUUGCACUACACUACGUCUUCACCCUAAGUUGAUUUGAGGCCCUGGGGUUUGAAUCAGAGACAACUGGGAGAAGAGUCUCGCCUUGUUCGCUGUCCUCCUGAACCGCUCCUCUAUAUACACAUCUUCUAUCGACCAACACGUCUUGCAUUAGGCGGAAAGUUAUGUUGACCAUGCCUUGAUCUUUGCGAUGGCGGCAAAACCCUCCCUUGGGGGUAACAUUGAAGAAGCCACCGACAGUGAUCCCCAGGGUUCUCAACCAACAGGUGUGGGUGGAGGAGGACCCAGUUUCACAGCCUCCACUAACUCAAUAUCCAAAUGGGCAUCGGCUAUCGUCGCUAGAGUAACAGCAUCGUCGUCAUCUCCCUCCAAGACAUCCAAUGGAAAUAAUCUCGCAUUCAACAGAAGUCCCAGUCCCAAUGAAACGCCCUCUAAGAGGACCCCCCUACUACGCUCUAGUGCGAUAAGGACCCGCACUCCCAGCCCGCGAGGAAGUGAGGCUAGCCAGCCCCCCCAAGAGGACCAUGUGGUAUCUCAACACUUUCUUGGACCUCAAUCAAGCGACUCUGCUUCGACGUCUACCUUCUCAACAAGGGUGGGAGCAAUAUCAGUACCCCUGGAGAAUGAAGCGGCACAUGAGGGCGAAUCUUCAGCCGUCACAUUGACCGUUCCUCCUCCACCACGUGCCUUUCUAGGGGCCAUACCCAGACAUAAGAACUCCGUGGAUUCAGAGCCAACAUCCACAUCAUCUUCAUGCACUACGUCGUCGGGAUUGGAACCUCGGCGUUGUUUCUGCGGUUAUUAUUCGGAAUUAACCAGCCAGCCAGACAAGAAGCCCGGUCGUUGCAAGUUUUGUCGAAGCAAAGCCAAAUAUUUGAAUAGCCAAAGGUCUUUUGAUGCGGCAAAGCUUUUUGGUCGACGCCGUGAGAAGGCAGAACCCAGGCGGGCUAUCUCAGAGGACCGGCGUUCAGACGGGCAAACCACUGAAGAUACUUCCGCUUCAACUUCAUCUGCUACCACAGCCCAUUCAUCUUUCGAUCGGCCUUCGCCGUCUUCUCGUCCAGUAUCAUUCUUUUCCACCUCACCUUUCUUGAGGCGACAAGAGCGCCUUGAGAUCGAUCUGCCCUCCCCCAAUCUGCUCACUGUGCCACCGGUUUUUCCCGACGUUCCCAGAGGCUCGUCCUCCACGAGAGAUCACGGUCUUCGAACGCCUCCAGCCCCACCUAUAACUCUUCCACAUGCUAACCGAAUCCCAGAUUUUCAAGGGAUGAACAAUUUUGACCGUCCAUCGGAAUACCACACUCACCGGAUGGCUCAUGAACUGCCCGAAUACCUCGCCCCACCCCCCAGAGCUGCUGUGUUGGGACGAGCUCAUACUGAUCCCACAUCGCUCUUUGCCGAUGAUUCCUCUCGUAUUUUCGGCCACCCAACUUCGCCACCGCCGACUUACUCUGAUGUUCUCAAACAGAAUCGCUUGGCUCCACCUUCGUAUGAGGAGGCCCUGUGUGCACGUGUGAGCGAUAUGCGACUCCGUCAAACCCCCAUGAGAUCUCAUUCCGAAGAAAGGACUUUGCCCACGAGGUCAAGGCGUGCCACUGCUCGACCACUGACUCGCAGCUCGAGAGCCGAGGAAAUCCCAGACAUCUAUUGGGAACAAGCCGCGAGAGAAUUGGAUUUUUGUACCUGCCGAAGAUGUCAAGACUUGCUCUUGACCGAAGAAUAUUUUGCCCGUUACCGUCAGUAUUUUGAGGAAGACCCUGAUCCAUCAGGCGAUGCUAUGAUUCCCAUGGAGACCCAAGUCCUAAUGCAAGAAGUUCUCACCGACGGAAUGGCCUUUUGCAAUAUCAUGUGAACCUCCGUUAGGCCUUUGAAUGUAUACAAAAAAAAAACUCAUUCAUCCAUAUGAAAAUGGAUGACCCCUGAUCACUUUUCAGCCACGAAUUUUACCUCCACCGAAACCAAUAGUUGAGGGCAGAGCCUGUGUUUAGUUGAUGAGACGUAUUCAACGAAAAACGAAACCACUCUGAGAAACAUCGGAUAGUCAAUCGAAUUCUCUACAUUUGCUGUGAUGCUUGCAAAGCUUCUUCAAGACUUACUGUUUUCCGUAUGUUUUCAAGCAUUGAAUUCGAGACCUAAGGCAGAGAGACCUUUAACUAGAGGAGUGGACAUCUGCGGAGCUAGGCCGAUUUUUCCUUUUGUCACAGCUCUUUGAUGGAGAGAUAAAUAGAAACACGCAGUAAGGUAUUGUCAUUUGAGGCCAAAUGGCACAUAUUUUAUUUUAUUCAUAAUUGCCUAAUCUUAAAACUCUAGAUUUUUUCACUGCAUAAACCAGAAACUUUCGAUAUUUUCAUUUAAAGUAAUAUAACUCAAAGUUUUGUCAUUGAAACACUAUUUUUUUCUUUUAAAUCGCUUUUUCAUAAUGUAUGGUAGUAUCCCUUGUGACUUUGGGGGAGGUGAAGUGUUGUUUUCACAAAGUGGCCUAGGUUCGCCAAUUGCCAUGUCCAAUCCUCCUUUUAAAGCUAUCCUUGCCUAAGGAAACGUAUUAGAUGCCUAAGAUAAAAUUCAACUGCCGGUGCAAGUUAGUUGAUUUCUUAGAGGAAAAAAGUGACAGUUAAAAUGCAUCGACGAAUAUUAUUUUGUCGCAA